AAACACAAUAUUAGGAUGGCUUGAUUAAUCCUUAAGUCAUGUUCGGGUCUAAAUUGACCCUUUUUUAUUACUUGAAAACCUAUCAAUUUUGAACCCUUAUAUUAUGUUGGGGUCAAGAUUGACCCUUUUUCAAGUGUAAAACAAAGGGGUCCCUUUGGACCCGAGCACAAAUAAAACAAAUAUUCAGAAUCUUUGGAUUUAUUUUUUUUUUUACAGAUUUUAUUCUUUUUAAGCAAACAAAACUCUCUCCACAUUCCGCUCCUAACAUCCGCUCUCUCCAGGUGUGGAGGAAACAGAACCUCCAAUUGAAGGUUUUCCUGCCACAAACUUUCCUCCAGCUCUGCAGGAAUGCUGGGAAUGUUUGGGAGCGCAGAUGGGCUGGCUCUACGGAGCAUCCUUCCUCCCUCCCUCCCUCCUUCUGCCGCUGCAGGGCGCAGUUCCGUCCUGGAUGCUGCUGAAGGCGGGAGUGGAGACUCUCCAUCCUCCGCAGUCUCCAUCCUGACGCGCUGACGGACCCACGGAGCAGCUGCCGCCUCCCAUCCCAGCCAGGAGAGCAGAGCGGCGCGUGAAUGGCGGCGUACGGCGGCAGACUUGUGACAGAGGAGCAGGAGGAGCUCCGCGCGUCCACGGCGGCGGCGCGCGGCCAGCACAUCCACUUCCAGCCUCUGGCGCGCACCGCGCAGUGGCAGGUCACUCUCACGCACACCAGGAGCCACAGCCACGCGCACUUCAUCACUCCCGCACACACGCAGGCGCACACGUACGGCUGUCGCCUCACGCACGGCGUCUCAGCCAUGACCAAAGGGGAGAAGGGCGCGCACGGAUCCCCCGGGAGGACCAGCAAACCCAGCGAGCCGCUGUUCCCCAAACCCUCACACCAGACAGACUUGAGUCAGAAGUUGUCGAUAUGCAGCAAACUGUGUUUUGCAAUCGGCGGCGCGCCCAAGGAGGUGGCUGCCAGCGCCACGGCCUUCUUCCUGCAGAUCUACCUGCUGGAUGUCGCUCAGAUCAACGCCUUCCAGGCCUCCAUGGUGCUGUUCAUCGGUAAAGUCUGGGGGGCGGUGACCGACCCCAUUGUUGGGUUCUUUAUCACGAAGAGCAGAUGGACGAAGAUCGGCAGACUCAUGCCAUGGAUGCUAGGAUGCACGCCGUUCCUGGUGGUCUCGUACUUCUGCCUCUGGUUUGUUCCUCCGUUCAUCAGCGGCCGGUUCGUCUGGUACCUGGGCUUCUACUGCCUCUACCAAACCCUCGUCACCUGCUUCCACGUGCCUUAUUCCGCCCUCACCAUGUUCCUCAGCACAGACCAGAAGGAGCGGGACUCAGCCACCGCCUACAGAAUGACAAUGGAGGUGCUGGGGACUCUGCUCGGCGCCGCCAUCCAAGGUCAGAUCGUGGCGAGCGCUCACACUCUGAAGCACUGCCGCACGCACAACGUGUCUGCCGGUUACCUUGGAAACAGCAGCGGGGCAGAGAUCGUCAAGAGCAUGGUGCGCAUCCAGGACUACCUGUCACACGCCAAGGAGCUCUACAUGAUCGCGGCGGGCGUGAUUGGAGGAGUCUUCCUCAUCUGCACCUUCGUCAUGUUCCUGGGAGUCAAGGAGAGAGACGAUCCGUACGCCUCAAAGUCGGAGAAACAGGUCUCGUUCCGUCAAGCUUUCGUCCUGGUGAUGAGGCACGGGCCGUACUUCACUCUGACUGCCGCCUUCCUCUUCAUCACUGUUGCAGUUCAGCUGAUCCAAAGCAACUUCGUCCUCUUCUGCACCUACGCCGCUGACCUGAAAGACCACUUCCAGAACAUCGUGCUAACAAUCCUUGUUUCUGCAGUGGUGAGCAUCCCGCUGUGGCAGUGGUUUCUGGAGAGAUUUGGAAAGAAGACGGCAGCUUUUUGUGGCAUCACCUGGAUCAUGCCCUUCACAAUGAUGCUGGUGUUCAUCCCCAAUGUGGCGGUGGCCUACGUGGUGGCUGUCUCCUCCGGCCUCAGUGUGGCGGCUUCGCUGCUGCUGCCAUGGUCUAUGCUGCCAGAUGUGGUGGACGACUUCCGACUGGCCAACCCCUACUGCAAAGGCCACGAAGCCAUUUUCUACUCUUUCUACGUCUUCUUCACCAAGUUCGCAGCCGGCAUCUCAUUAGGGGUGUCCACACUCUGUUUGGAGUUUGCUGGUUAUGACACGGGUGCGUGUAAGCAGCCCCCGCCGGUGGUGUACACCCUGAAGCUGCUGAUCGGUGCCACACCAGUGGCCUUCAUCAUUUUAGGGUUACUGAUCCUCCUUCUGUAUCCCAUCAGCGAAGACGUAAGGCGCAGGAACAAACUCUGCCUGGAGGAGCUACGGAAGCAAAGCUCCAGAACUUUGGUGGAAGAUUUGAGUCCGGCAUGAGCUGGAGUAAAUGCACAAAGCCACGGAUUCCAGUGUCACCACUGGAAGGUUGUUCCUUAGUGUAUAUUACACUGAAACUAAUGGAUUUAAUGUAAACAUUUUUGUUUAAUUCUCACAUGUACUGUAUAGUCAUCUUGGAUAUACGAACCAAUCAGAUCAGCUAAUUUAUAUGAAUGAAGAUGUUUACCUCUACAACACCUUUAUUUAUUUGUUAUUCCAAGAGCUUGGUAUGAGAUGAAUAAACGUUGUAGAGAUUUAAGUGA